AGCUGUUGGCUCCAGAGACGGCCCCGUAUCGGCCUGACACGUUGUUUCCCUCCUCGCUGAGCAGCGGCAAUCAUGGAGGUGGUGGUCCAGGCCGCGAGUGAAGUGCCCCAGGGCUGUUUCGUCUCCGUCCGCCUUGGAGAACAUCUCAAGCAGCGGCGCUUCAAUAAGAACACGGCCACCUACUACUUCCCAGCGGUUGAGGACAAGGGCAAGGCCCGUGUCGAUGUCUACCAGUUGGUUGGGACCUGCUCAAUCCCUAUCGAUCCAGCAGUGGCCGAAACCAAGGAGGUGAGUGUGAUUGGCUCUGACCCGGACUCCGAAGUGCUCAAGCUCCGGGUGAGCACGGCCAAUAAGGAGAUCAAGGCAGAGGACACCCAGCGGCAGCGUCAGGAGAUUGAAACUGAGACCAAGGAUGCUGCCGUCGGGUACUUGGCGAAACACGGCAUCGAGCAGAAGCUGUCCGAGUGUUUGCGGACGAUGCUCAGGAUGAAGCCUGAGGAACCCAUCGAUUUUAUGUGCAAGUUCUUGACGGGUGGCAAGUUCGUGCCCGAGGAGAGUUCGUCUCCAGUGCAGCAAGGCAAACCUGAGGCGCCUCCUGCGCCCACUGCGCCGCCCGCCGAGACAGCGCCGCCGACGCCGGCGGCUGGACCGCCGGAGGCGGCCCAGCCGGACGCCCGGGCCGCGCUGAUGAAGUCCGUGCGCGCUGGGGAUCUGAUUGGUGCCGUGGAAGAGGAGGACAAGCUCAACGUGCCUUUUGCUCUCAGGCCAUCGGUUGGCACCUGGCUGAUGCCACUGAGCCUGGAUCAGGUCUCCCACACGACACCGGAGGCGUCGCAGCUGCACCGGCGCGGGUCCACCGAACCGGAGGUGGCUAUCGGCGAUUGGCUUCUGGCGCCCAACGGCAGUUUCAACUUGAAAGGCUUGGGCCACACCUCCAUGGAGUGUUGUGAAGUCGAACGGCUCUUGACGAAGGCUUUGAUGGAGAUGGAUGGCGAACUUGCUGGGGAAUACUAUGCGUUUGCAGCACAUCCCAUGAAUCCAGGAGGCUUGAGCUCCAAGGAGAAGGACUCACUGGCCUCCAAGAAGCUCCUCUUCGAGUCGUUCGACGCUGCAGGCCGAGGGAUCUAUGUCACCGAGAAAGAGGACGUGGCGUUGUGGGUCAACGCAGAGAAGCACUUGCAGAUCUUGGUGCAUCAAUCUGCACAAGGAGAGCUGCAGCACAAGGUGGCCAUGGUCGUCUCGGCGCUCCAAGGACCCUUGAUUCAAGAUGGCUAUACUUUGAGCCCUUAAGGGGCCAUGCUCUAUAGCUACUAGCCUGCCCCGCUCUGGAGCAUCUUUUCCCACCGGAGAUCGACCGGUGAAAACUAACAUCUCCGUUUCACCCGGUUCGUGUCAGUCGGUUCGUAUAGAGCAAACGGUUCGGUGAGGUGUCAGAGGGCAGGUGUCAAAACCCUUUCCAACGAGGUUCAAAAAGGGAGCCUUGGGUCAAACUGCUACAAA